AUGGGCCUCUUGGCUAGAAUAAGCAGCCUCGCCCUUCUGGCGCUCACUGCUACCCUGGCUGGUGCUACUCCUCUCCAUACGGCGAACCCGGUGGUUGAUCUUGGUUACACCGCUUAUCAGGGGUCCUAUAGCGAGACCUAUGAUCUCAAUAUCUUCAAGGGGAUUCGAUAUGCGGCCCCUCCCGUUGGAAAGCUGCGAUGGCAAGCCCCACAGCCCCCUCCAGUGAACAGGACUUCGAUUCAAUCGGCUAUUGAGCAGCCUCCACUUUGUCCGCAGUCUGGUGGUGCGAAACUUCCUGAGAUUUAUGGAUUUAAUUCGGCAUUGGGAAAUGAGGACUGCUUAUUCUUGAAUUUGUACGCUCCGCCAGGAGCCAAGGACCUUCCCGUUCUGAUGUGGAUCCAUGGCGGCGGAUACAAUCUUUUCGGAGCAGAGUACGACCCAAGUGAAUGGAUCAAGGAAAAUGGCAAUGGAUUCAUUGCUGUCAUGAUUCAAUACAGACUGGGCGCCUUUGGAUUCCUGUCAUCAGAAGACGUACACAAACACGGACAAGCGAAUGCAGGCUUGCUUGAUAUGCGUUUCGCUCUAGAGUGGAUUCAAGAGCAUAUCGGUAAAUUUGGUGGUGAUGCAUCCCGUGUCACUAUCGGCGGUGAGUCUUCUGGGGGAGGGUCGGUGAUUUUACAAGCAAUGGCCUAUGGCGGCCGCGAAGAUCACUUGUUCAACAAUAUCAUUGCCGCGAGCCCGUAUACUGCGCCAAUGUACCAGUACGACGCCAAAGUACCCACAAAUCAUUAUCAUCAGUUUGCAGCACAAGCAGGAUGCUACAAGGGCGGUCAUACAUCCAAAUCGGCUAUGUUCGACUGCCUUGUUGAUACAGACACCGACACAUUGCAAUAUGCCAGUGGCAAUGUCUCCGUUUCAGGAGCAUGGGGUACUUGGGCCUUCCUACCUGUGAUCGACGGCGAUUUUAUUCGAGAACUUCCAUCGAAGCAAUUGCUUCGGAAAAGAGUGAGCGGCAAGCGUGUGUUAUCUGGAAAUAAUGCCAAUGAUGGUGUUCCUCUCAGUCCUCCGUACAUCAACACCACUGAGAGGUUCCUCGGCUAUAUAAAAUCGACAUUCCCUCUCUUCUCCUCUCAUGAUUACUCUAGCCUGAAGAAUCUCUAUGGAUUCUGGACCACAUCCCCUGAAAACAAUGGCCCUCGAUAUGACACACUAGGGUAUCGUGGUCCAACGGCUCUGAAUCAAUCAGAAAUGGCAACUGGUCUCCAGCAAACCGUCUUUAAUGUAUUUGCCGAGGCAUACUUCAGCUGUCCAUCAUACUGGCUCGCAGAUGCGUUCUCCGGUGGUUCACUCAAAGAAAGCUGGAAAUACCAGUACUCUGUCACGCCCGCAUAUCACGGUGCGGACUUGACAGCAUACUUUUCCAUUGGCGCAACUACUCCUACUCGUGGAUUUAUAAGUGCAUUCCAAAAGAUCUGGGGUAAUUUUAUCAUUAAUGACACCCCGGUUGUCUCUAUUAAGGACGCAAAGGGCGGUGCAGACAAUUCAACCGUCCCCGAAGGCUUGAAUGGAGAUAUCCACUGGCCAGCGUGGACUGAAGAUUCACCCGUGCUUAUGAACUUGAACACCACUGGUGGGACAACAGUCUUUGAUAAAGUUACCGAUGACCUAUCUUACUGGCUUCGAAAGGGACCGGGCGUUACCAAUGAGUUCAGCCUGGCAGAUGCGUUCAACUGGGAGGGUGGCCGUGGUGAGCGCUGUCAAUUCUGGAGGUCUGUCGGUCCACGAGUGCCCCAAUAA